ACACAGAAGCGGUAAACAAGUAGCAUGAAUGAAUAGCAUCUGCAAACAAACAAAAGAGUGAAAGAAAAGACUAGACCCCGACGAGCAUUUGAUUCAGUCGCAGCAGCAAUAAUAACAGACUCGCUCGCAAUAUACGCGUUCUCUCACAGUCUCACUCACUCACUCCUCCUCAACAACCAUCAAUUCAAUUCAAAAAUCAAAAUCAAUUCUGCAAACUAACUGCACCAACCAAACAUGACCUUUUGAGAUUGCCAUCACCAUGGUUCUCUUCCUCUGCAACCCCAUACUUGUUCUUCUCACACCCUUCUUCCUCUUCCUCUUCCUUCUACUCUCCAUUCGAUGGUGGAGACCCAUCCAAGAUUGGUUCCACGUCUACCAAUUCUUCAGAGUCCCACUACUCAACCAAACCAUGCAACACAAUCAUCUCUACAGAAACCUCUCCCUCUACUUGCAUUCCCUCCCUUCCAUUCAGGACUCUGAUUUCUCCAACCUCCUCACUGGCCCCACCCAACACGACGUCAUCCUCUCCCUCGGCCCCAACCAAACCAUCCACGACCACUUCCUCGGAGCCACCGUUUCCUGGUCCAACGAGCCCACAGCCUUCGUCCUCAAGAUCAGAAAAUCCGACAGGCGCAGAAUCCUCCGCCCCUACCUCCACCACAUCAGCGCCGUCGCCGCCGAAAUCAACCAGCAAGGGAACCGCGACUUGCGUCUCUUCGUCAACGCCGACGCCGACGGAACCUCCUGGAGAUCCGUUCCCUUCACCCACCCCUCCACCUUCGACACCAUCGCCAUGGAGCCUGAUCUCAAAAGCAGAGUCAAAUCCGAUCUCGAAUCGUUCCUCAAGGCGAAACAGUACUACCAUCGCCUUGGUCGCGUUUGGAAACGAAGCUUCCUCCUGUACGGCCCCUCCGGCACCGGGAAGUCAAGCUUCGUUGCCGCCAUGGCCAAUUUCCUCUGCUACGACGUCUACGACAUCGACCUCUCCAAGGUUCCUGGAGAUUCGGAUCUCAAACUCCUCCUCCUCCAAACGACGCCGAGAUCGAUCGUGGUUGUAGAGGAUCUGGACCGGUUCCUGGCGGAGAAAUCGACGGCGGGGAUGCUGAACUUCAUGGACGGGGUUCUGAGCUCGUGCUGCGGCGAGGAGAGGGUGAUGGUGUUCACGAUGAACAGCAAGGAGAACGUGGACCCGAACCUGCUUCGUCCGGGUCGGGUCGACGUGCACAUUCAUUUCCCGCUGUGCGAUUUCUCUGCGUUCAAGACGUUAGCGAGCAGCUACCUUGGCGUGAAGGAGCACAAGCUGUUCCCGCAGGUGGAGGAGAUAUUCCAGAACGGAGCGAGUUUGAGCCCCGCCGAGAUCGGUGAGUUGAUGAUCGCGAACCGGAGCUCGCCGAGUCGGGCAAUCAAAUCGGUCAUCACGGCCUUGCAAACGGACGGCGAUGGCAGGGGGCGCGGGUUGAACCAACAGCACACGGGGGAUGAUGAGUUGGAUGAGGAUGAUGGUCUCCGUACAGCGAAGGAUUUGCGGAAAUUGUACGGUUUUUUCAGAUUGAGGGUUGCGAGAAGAUCUUCGUCUUCCCCUAAUAGUACAUUGGCAAGUCCAUUGCGAUGAUUGGAUUGGAGGACAAACCUGCAUUUGCACCUUUUUUUGUUCAUUGGAUUGGAUGCAACCAACAUUGAUACACUCUUGGACAUGUUUAUAUUUGUUUUUAAAGUUAGUGAUUGAGGUUCGAAUGAACUCUUUGGUCAGUCACAUACUUCUUAGAGCACCGAUAGUGGGAGAUUAGUCUCAGGACUAUUGAUCGUGGAUACCCGGUUAACAUCCAAAAAAAAAUGUAAUAUGUAGAAAUAGAUUGAUAGUUGCACAUAAGAAAGAACUUGCAUAGGCAAAGAAAACUAACCUGUACAUGUGUUUCCCAUUUUGUUGAAUUAUUAUGAAUCAGUACAGAUUUUUACAUGUUUAUAGAAAAACCUUUAUGCUUAGUCGAA